ACCAAGCCUUGACCUCAUUCUUCAUAAACCACACGAAACCAAGCCACCCAACCCAUUACCCUGUUUCAACCUCCCAAGAAACUUCCCAUGUUCCUGUUCCUCUUUAUAAACAAUCAUAUUUUAUUUUUAUUUUCAUUCUUUGUUUCUUGAAUCUCUCUUUGGACUUUGGAUCACUGCAUGAUCAAAAACAAACUUCAAUUCCAAUUUGGUGGGUAGCAAGCACACUGUUUUCAAUUUCACAGUAUCUUUGGUCAACUCAACUUGUUCCUUUCACUAUAAAUAUCAUCAUCUCUUGUUAUCUUCCACUAUUUAGCAUCACACUUUCUCAUACCCUUUGAUUUAUUUGACUCUACAACAUCAUCAAAACCGAAGUUGCUUUGAUCCGAAGCUGGGUUCCGAGGCUGUGAGGUUUCAGGUUGGGAUGGCUUCAAAUGGGAACACCGAGCCUAAAGUGGUUCAUGGUCCUGCUGGUUAUGUCCUUGAGGAUGUUCCACACUUGUCUGAUUACAUUCCUAAUCUUCCAACAUACCCUAAUCCUUUGCAAGACAACCCUGCUUACUCAGUAGUCAAGCAGUAUUUUGUGCAUGUUGAUGACACUGUUCCCCAGAAGAUUGUUGUUCACAAAGAUAGUCCAAGAGGGGUACAUUUCCGGCGAGCUGGACCCCGUCAAAAGAUGUACUUUGAUUCAGAUGAAGUUCAGGCUGCUAUUGUUACAUGUGGGGGUCUGUGUCCUGGCCUCAACACUGUGAUUAGGGAAUUAGUGUGUGGCUUAUACCAUAUGUAUGGCGUGAAAAAAGUUCUUGGAAUCGAGGGAGGAUACCGGGGUUUCUACGGAGAGCAAUGCCUUCACUCUAGCUUUGUAGGAGGAUACAGGGGUUUCUACUCUCGCAAUACAAUAUCUUUAACUCCUGCAAGUGUUAACAAUAUACAUAAGCGUGGGGGAACUAUCCUUAGUACUUCACGAGGUGGACAUGACACCAAUAAGAUAGUUGACAGUAUUCAAGAUCGCGGAAUCAAUCAGGUUUAUAUAAUUGGAGGAGAUGGAACUCAGAGGGGUGCAUCUGUUAUUUUUGAGGAAGUCAGAAGGCGAGGUCUCAAAGUUGCAAUUGUAGGAAUCCCCAAAACCAUAGAUAAUGAUAUUCCGGUUAUUGAUAAGUCCUUUGGCUUUGACACUGCUGUAGAGGAGGCUCAACGUGCUAUAAAUGCAGCACAUGUUGAAGCUGAAAGCGUUGAGAAUGGCAUUGGUGUUGUCAAGCUGAUGGGGCGACACAGCGGAUUCAUUGCAAUGUAUGCUACUCUUGCAAGUAGAGAUGUGGAUUGUUGCUUAAUUCCAGAGUCACCUUUUUACCUUGAAGGUCCUGGUGGACUUUAUGAACAUAUAGAGAAAAGACUGAAGGAAAACGGGCACAUGGUUAUUGUGAUUGCUGAAGGAGCAGGACAGGAACUUGUUUCUGAGAGCAUGCAAAACAUGAGCCAGCAGGAUGCUUCUGGAAACAAGCUUCUUCAAGAUGUUGGGCUAUGGAUAUCCCAAAAGAUUAAGGAUCAUUUUGCUAAAGAGAAGACGUUGGCUAUAACACUCAAAUAUAUAGAUCCAACCUAUAUGAUUCGAGCAAUUCCAAGCAACGCUUCUGACAAUGUGUACUGCACACUUCUUGCUCAAAGUGCUCUUCAUGGAGCAAUGGCAGGUUACACUGGCUAUACAAGUGGACUUGUCAAUGGAAGACAAACUUAUAUACCCUUCUAUAGAAUCACGGAGAAAACUCACCAUGUAGUGAUAACUGAUAGAAUGUGGGCUAGGCUUUUAUCUUCAACAAAUCAACCCAGCUUCAUGGAUCCCAAGAGUGCCCAUGAAGACAACAAGGAAGUAAAACCAUUGGACCACCAGUUUCUGGAUGACACUAUGCUUAGCAAUGGAAUCAGCAGUUUUUUACCCCCACCUUGCUAAUAGUUUUUAUUAUCAUUAUGCUACCCCUUGUGAAGCGUUAUAAGCAGUAAAUAUGAGCUAUAUUUUUUGCCCUUCCACGUCUAUAAAUGGCUGUGGAAAAUUCAGCCUGAAACAUGACCAAUAAUAUAUUAGGUACAAACAAUUGAUAUGUUUGGUCUUGUGACUUGUAUUAUAUGCUUAAUAAAAAUUGGAAUGCAUUCUGCUUUA